CACUACCUCAUCCUCUAAAUCAAAAUUACACACCCAGUUCUACAGAUUUGCUCAUUAUGACUUCAACUCAGGUGCUCGUUGUCGGUGCUGGCCCCGUGGGCCUCUUCACUGCGCUGGCACUUUCUCACAACGGCAUUUCUGUUCGGAUCAUUGAGAAAGCAAGUGGUCCGCACAUUGGCCAACGUGGAGCAGGCAACUUCCCCCGCACUCUUGAAGCAUACCAUUUCCUCGGUGUGCCCGAGAUUGACAGGGAAGGCCAGCUGGCCCCACUCAUGCAGACGCAUACCAUUGGUAAUCUAGAGGUCUUGAAAGAGUUCCGGAUGUCUCCGCAUUACGAGCCGACGCCAGCCAUCCCCUUUAGCAGCCCAAAGAUCAUCGGUCAGAACAACGUAGAGCGAAACCUUAGAUCUCACCUGCAGAAGCUUGGCUGCACCGUCGAGUACGGAACGGAGCUCCGGUCUUUCCAACAAGAUGAAGAAGGCGUGAUAGCGCAAGUCGUGACCAAAGAUGGUGACAUACAGACGGCCAGCACGAUCAAGUCUCAAUUUCUUGUUGGUGCUGACGGCGCCCGGGGUGUUGUUCGUAAGCAGCUCGGGUUGACCUUCCUUGGUGAAACUCGUGACACCACCAGAGUCGUGACUGGUGACAUUCGUUUCAAGUGUCCUGGUUUAUCGAGAGACCGUUGGCAAUUCUUCAACAAUGAUACGGGACACUUCGUUUCUUUCCGCCCCACUGACGAGAUUCUUGGGGGAGACGGCUGGCAACUCUUCAUUGUGGGAGACAAGUACGAUGUUGAUGCCUUGAUAUCAGACAAGGAGGCGCUGUAUUCCGUUAUCAGAGAAACUGUUAAUGCCCCCGUUGAAUUCUUGGAGCUGGUUUGGAUUUCCGAGUUUCGACCCAACAUUCGGAUGGUAGACAAGUUUGGGCAAGGAAGGGCCUUUGUUGCUGGAGAUGCUGCUCACGUGCACAGCCCCACGGGCGGUCAAGGUCUCAACUCUGGAAUUUUAGACGCCUUCAAUCUCGCGUGGAAGAUCGCCCUCGUAGCAAAAGGAAUCUCCCCACUUUCCUUCCUCGACACCUACACGGCCGAACGUCUGCCAGUUAUCGCUCACAUGCUAAACAUUACCACUGCCAUCCUCGACAAGAGCUUUGGCCCGAACCGCGGAACCGUCGAGAGCGCCAUGGAGCGUGGUAGGAUCCUCUUCAUGCUCGGGGUGAACUACCGCACGAGUCCAAUCGUGCUUGAUGAAUUCUCUGCCGGAGUCCCACCUGCACCCGCAUAUCAACUCGACAGAAGCGACGAGUUGGUCGCUGGAGACAGAGCACCCGAUGCGCCUGGUCUCAUCGAGGGAAGUGCGACGGUCAGGCUGUUCGACAUCUUCAAACCCACUCAUCAUACCGCGUUGGUGUUCGCCCCUGACGUCCUGGUCGCGGCCGACGUUGAGAAGGCGCUCGAGCCUUACUCGGCUAUUUCUCGCACUGUGAUCAUUCUGCCCGCAUCGACCAGCUCAGGCGGUGCAGUCACAUCCGCAAGGGUUGUUGUCGACAAAGACAACUACGCUCGUACCCACUAUCUCAUCAAGGACGAGUCCCGAGUCGUCAUCGUGCGGCCAGAUGGUGUGGUGGGUGCUAUUGUGGCGGGAUCGUCAGGUGUUCAGAAGUACUUCAGCUUGAUCCAGGGCCACUAGUGGUGACUUUGACUAUUUAAUGCUUGUAUGCUAGAGCGUAAUUUAGCUCAGAACAUCCACAUUCACUUAGAUGUAUAAACAAGUCUGCCCAUAUGCGAGAAACUGAUUUAUU